AUGCACACAUUCUGGUCAAAAGUAGGAUUCAUCCCGCUUCUGACAGGGUUGAUUGUCCCACAGGUAGCAGCAGACGGAACUUACUCGAAAUAUGGAUGUUUUAAAGAGUCAGAUCUGAGCUCUGGGCUGAGCUCCAAGGGCUCCUACACAUACCAGAGUGUAUCGUACUGCCAAAACGAAUGCGACGGUGCUGACGUGGUUGCUCUUCUUGGGGGCGAUACCUGUUACUGUGGGUCUUCCGCCUCUGCGCUGUCUUCCGUGUCCUCCGUGGAUUCUGGUGAGUGCGAUUCAAAGUGCGUGGGAUGGCCUUACGAUACUUGUGGCGGAUCUGGUUACUUUCAGGUAUAUCUUAAAUCUGGUGUGACGGUAUCCAGCUCAAGUUCGAAAUCAAGCACGAGUUCGAGCUCAAGUUCAAGCUCGAGUUCAAGCUCGAGCAGCAGCUCCAGCUCCAGCACAAGCUCCAGCACAAGCUCCAGCACAAGCUCCAGUUCGAGUUCGGGUUCGAGUUCGAGCUCAAGUUCCAGCUCCAGCUCCAGUUCGAGCGAUUCUGCAAGCUCAAAUUCAGCCUCAUCAUCUACGCCGAGCUCGUCUUCCAGCUCUAGUUCGAGCUCAAGCUCCAAUUCUGCGUCAAGUUCUACUUCUAAAUCAAGCCCGACCUCCAGCUCUGGUGCUACUCAAAGCUCGGGCUCGAGCUCAAGUUUUGGUGAGUCAUCUCACACUUCCACCACCAUGAUCACCUCAGCAGUGACCGUCGCUACUCUUCCGAACAGCAGUCGCUCGACCAUGUAUGUGACGCAAACUACGGUGGUCAGUACGCCUGUAUCGUCAGCGCAGUCUAACUCGAGUUCGUCCAAGUCCAGCUCCAACAAGAAGAAAUCGCUUUCUGGCGGAGCAAUAGCCGGUGUGGUGAUCGGGGCCAUCUUUGGGUCCUUUUUGGUCGCUGCAUUGGUCUUCUUUUUAUUCUGGCGCUACCGGAAACAGCAGCAGAUGGAUUUGGAAGAGACGAAACAGCAUCAGCCUUACUCGUUCGGCGACGGUGGCAUUCCUGCGGUAGCUGCGGCUCAACGCAACGUCUCUCAGCGCCGAUCUUCCUCAGAGAUGGAUAACUCUAUAAACAACGAAUACUCAGGCCAGACACCUAUAUUCGAUGACAGUUACGGCCGCGUUAGGCUCAGCGAUGGAUCGCUACCCGACGUUACACAAGAACAUGGUCCGUUACGCAUAGUCAACCCAGAUACCCUCGAUUAUCAUCGGGCUAAUCCCUAG